AUGCCAAAAGGUAACCCAGAUGUUUUUUUUCCUUUCUCACUCUUUUACAGUGCUCGCACAUCCUAUUACCCUCUUCUCACCCUAAUUUUAUUUUCCGUUUUUCUUUCCUUCUUUCUUAUUUUCACCAUAUUACUGAUUUCGUAUAUCAUAUUUCUUUGUUUAUUCUUUGCUUUUUCCUCUUUUGGAUAUUUUCGACGUUUUUCUGUUUUGAUUUUUCUAUUACAUUUCAUUACUUUCUCCAUUGACGUUCAUUUGUACAUCAAUUGCUUUCUCUCUCUCUCUCUCUCUCUCCACACACUUUACGGCGUUCUUUAUGAUCCUCUUUUAUUCCUGCCUUUCUCUUCCAUUUGUCUUCCGUUUUAUUAUCAAAUGAAGAGAUAUGUCCCAAUUUCCGUCAACUUGACGAUUUCACGAUUCAUUUCAUCAACCGCCAUUUUUCAUAGCUCGACUGCCAGCGAGGUUUCUUUGUUUUUCCUCCUAUCAUCAUCAUUUGCUUUCUUUAAGCGCUCUCCUCUCUUUCCAGGGAGCGGGACUGAUAUUUCUUUUUAUUCGGUGAUCGCUUUUUCUCUAUCCUUUCCGUCUCUAUCCUUCUCUAUAUUCCACUUUUUACCAUUCCAUCCGCACCACCACACAGAUACCUUCUUCAGCCUCUUCCCACACAUUUCUUGUACACGUAAACUCAUCGUCUCCACUAUUCUAUGA